GAAGCUUUCCUUCCCACAGCUAGUCCCUGACCACCGAUUCCUACUUCUGGUUAUUUUCGUCUGCUCCGUCUGCCUCCGCCGUCUCUUUCUGUGCUUCCGCUCUAAUCGACGGCAUAACCUUCAGCAUUUGGAGUCGGAGCCAUGAAUAUCUUCAGGCUUGCCGGGGACAUGACCCAUCUGAUCAGCAUUUUGGUGCUGUUGCUCAAAAUCUACGCAACUAAAUCAUGCUCAGGGAUUUCUCUUAAAACCCAGGAGCUCUACGCAUUGGUAUUUCUGGCUCGUUACUUGGAUCUGUUCACAGACUUUAUCUCGGUUUAUAACACCAUCAUGAAGGUUGUUUUUAUUGCGAGCUCUUUAGCGAUCGUGUGGUGCAUGCGAAUGCACCCAGGGGUUAAGAGAAGUUAUGAUAAAGAGCUCGACACAUUCCGCCAUUAUUUUCUUGUAUGGACGAGCUUUGUUUUAGCACUUGUGCUGCAUGAGAAGUUCACAUUCCAAGAGAUUUUCUGGGCAUUUUCAAUAUACUUGGAAGCAGUUGCAAUACUACCCCAGUUGGUUUUGUUGCAGCGAAGUGGAAAUGUGGACAAUUUGACCGGCCAAUAUGUAUUCUUUCUUGGGGCAUAUCGUGCAUUUUACAUUAUGAACUGGAUAUACCGAUAUCUGACUGAGCCACGCUUUACUCGAUGGAUUGCUUGCAUCUCGGGUAUUGUUCAGACAGCUCUAUAUGCCGAUUUCUUCUAUUACUACUUCAUCAGCUGGAAGAACAAUUCAAAACUAAAACUGCCAGCUUGAGCAAACCCAUGAUUGUUUUGGAAUGAGAGUCACUGCUGGAUUUUUAUGGAGUGUGAUCUGGUUGAUGUUUAGUGACUUGCAGAGAAAAGUUUGCCGCAUAGGCCAUCAGCGGCACCCCAGUUCAUCAGUGGGAUAGUGGGGUUUUAGCUGGGAGAAUUUUCAAUCUCAUAGGUUAUUUAGGAUCAGGUUAAGACAAAUGUUUAUAUGUGAAAGAUAGUUUCUUUGGAGUUUCAAGUCUCCAUUGCACAUUAGUAUAGUUAGCUGGGCAAAGCUGCUGUGUUGGUUAUACAAGCCGUUAAUAUUAUAAUGUUCUUUCCUUGACAAAUGAAAUUGUUCAGCCAGAUUUUUUUAGAUCA